UAGCCAACCAGAUUCAGGAUUCCACCUCUUCCAGGACACCCGAUUCCAAACAAUCAAGAGGGAUCCCCCGCCUUGCCUUGGCUGCCCCCUCCCCCCGGUUCUGCCCUCUUUAACCUAGUAUGACCUUCGACCUUCCCUAUUGUUUCCCCAGCCUCCAGCCUGCUGCUGGACUACCAGUCAGGUAUCCCGGAUGUUUGACACCGGAGAAUUUCCUUGAUUGUACAACAAGGCAAGAAAAGGAAAAUGAUUGCACCCCCGGCGGCGUUGCCUUUGCUUUUUUUUUUUUUUGCUUAUUUCCUUUUUCUAAUGACGGCUCAUGGGUGAUUGCUUACAUCCUGUUGAAAAAAUCCCCGAGCUCGAAUCACCCACUAACAAAGUACAGUACCUUGAGACAGUAAGCAAGUCGUCGAGCAUCAAUCAAUUGGGUUCGGGUCGUGGGUGAUCCCCGAGAUGAUCCCCCCCCCUCCCUCCGGUGUUUAAUCAUCCUGCGACAUCGAUCGGUG